AUGCCUCAACGAACACUUUUAAUUACUGAUUUCUUCGCUAAAUGUCGCUCGACAUCAACUUCGAAUGCUACUCUUUUUGACAAGCCUGUGAAAGUAAUUAAAAUCGAUGAACGAUCAAACAAAAAACAUGAAGAAGUCGAUGUAAAUCUUCAUCAAUCUACACCGAAUCUUCUUCCUCUCGAAGUAAAUACGCCCUUAUCAAUAUCAACAGUUAAAAAUCCUGAUACGACUCAACGAAAUGAAAUUAUCUCGGAUAACACAGAUUCAUUGCCAAAAACUUCUUCAACAAAAUCAUUAAUACCUUCUCGAAUUAAAUUUGUUCGCCAUCGUAGUGCUCCACUUCAUCAUCGUAGUCCAAUCAAAAUGCGUGAAGCUUCAUUAGAACAACAAGAUCUUGAAGAUAUACGUGCACGUAUUCAUGCAUUUAGAAAUGACUUAUAUAAAUAUAAAUCGACAUAUUCUCGUUCGCCUAUUAAACGUUCUAAUAUCAUCGGAGACGCUUUAUCAAGUCCAUUUAAAUAUCCUCCACCACACACACCAAUAAAAAGUUAUCCAUCUAUUCCAGCUUAUGAACGUUUUAAUUCACUUGUAACUACUAUAGAAUUACCAUUACCAAAUAAAUAUGAAUUAUUACUUGAACAAUAUAAACAUUUGGAUUUUCUUGUUUGUCAUACACAUAAUAAUGGAGGUAUAAGUACAUUUGAAAAAGUUCAACAUGUUAUACAACAAAAAACAAAACGAAAUUUUACUUUACAAACACUUGGUCGUAUUAAAACAAUUUAUCCAACAAUGUUUAGUUUUCAACAAGAAAAAAUUCAAUUACCAACAUUAAGUCCAAUGAAACUUAAAUAUGAAUUAACAAUUACUCCAAUUAAUUUUGGUAUUGAAUCAAAUAUGCAAAUAACUCCAUCGAUUAUUAUUGAACGUAUUGAUUGUUUUCGUCGUGCUUUAUUUGAUCUAGUCAAAGGACAUCAUCGAACAUUUUUAUCAAAUAAACUUCAAUUAAAACUUGAAGAACUUCCUAAUGAUGAAAAUCUUGCACGUUGGCAUCCAGAUUUUGAUUUAGUAAAUAUUCCUGAUAUUGAAAUAUCAUCAUUACCCGAAUCACCAGAUAAAGAUUAUAAACAAUUAUUAGCAUCACCCAUUGAAAUUCGUCAUUAUGCUGAAAACACACAAUCACAACGUGUUAAACGUGCAUUAUUUUCAACAUUUUCAAAUGAUGAUAUAUCAUCAUCAACAAUAACAUUAUCAUCACCAACUAAAGAAACAUAUUCAAUCGAUGGAAUAUCUUCAUCAUUAAUCGAAAAAAUUCGUUCAAAAGAAACAAAUCAAUUAUUAUCAAAUACAAUUGAUAAACAAAAGCAAAUGCUUUCUUAUCUUGAACAAACAAUUAGUAUUGUUCAACAAUUUUUUAUUGCUGAACGUGCAACAUCACUUGAAUUAGAUUAUGUUGCUAAACAAGUUCGUGAUUGUCAUUCCAGUCACCUUUCAUAUAAUCAAUCAACGGAAACUCUUAAUUUCCUUCAUACAUAUCCGGCAAAUAAUGGAUGGCUUUCAAUAAUUACUAUUCGAGGAAGAUAUUUCAUCAAAAUUAAUCGACAUAAAUCAAUUAAUACAAUUAUUGAAACUAUUCAACGAGAAUUACAAAAUUAA